AUGGAUGGACUGCGCAUUACGGGCUGCGCAUUACGGGCUUCGGUUCCUCAGGCUAAGAAUGUCAGCGUCAUGGCCGAUCCGCCUGCCAGCGUUGCACGGGCUUCCGGCGACAAGCGACCGAUGCCAUCCGUCGCCAAUGAACCAGCUAAGCGUCGUGCUCCGUAUGCACAAAGGGCAUGUGAUGCUUGUCGCAGGCGCAAAGGCCGUUGCAACGGGGCUAAGCCUUGUGAUUACUGCAUCGGCCGCUCGUUUAACUGCUGCUACUCCAUCAGUUCUCAUGACAGUCGGCCAGUCAAAACGCGGCAGAGUUCGUCCAAAACUUCUACCAUUGCUAGCAAGUGGACGCCGGAUAGCAGCUCUAUUAAUGGCCUCGUUGCCACAAUCCAGGGACACUUGGAUACUCUUGCCUCUCAUGUCAGAACCGAUGCUACGGUCCAAGACCAAACUGGGGACGACGCCUUUGCUCGGGGUAGCAUGACAAGACCGACUCAAGAGCCGGCAGUGAGAUAUGGACUUUCCGCAUUCACAUCCGCAGCUACGCCCAUAUCGCCCUCAUCAUCAACCACUGACAAGUCAUCAAAGCGACCCAAAGGCGUCAAGUAUCACGGGCCGACCAGUCCAGCAUACAGCCUGGUGGCUGCACAGAUCCAGUUCGAGGACCGAAGGAUCAAUGUAGGCGUCAGUCCAAGCAGCAAACUAAGGAGCGCUACAUGUGACAAGAGCGACAACGAAAGCGACAGCGAUCAAGAAGACGAUGGUCAUUCAAAAGACGAAAAUUCCAUUGCCAGUCGCCCAUUGGCGAGACCAAGUACGCACCAAGCGCUCUUCCAAUCACUUCACCUAUUCCACACUCGCGAAACCAUUCGACUCGUGCGUGUGUACCACGAAGUUAUUGGCGAGCUGCAUCCCAUUUGCAAUAUUGACGCCCUCGUGGAGCUGAUACGACAGAUACAUUCGACCAGUAGUGGUGGCCUUUCUGGAAAAGGGGAGCGCGAGGUGGCCGUGGAUGUGAAUGACUUGUUGGAAUUGAACCUCGGUCUGGCUAUUGCGCUAACCGCUGAGGCCGCCACCUCAUCUACUAUUGCCAACACCAUAUACAAGCAAUGUCGAGGCUACAUCGAUACCAAGAUAACGAGCCGCUCAAAGUCUAUCAAGGAUGUUGUUGUAACGCUGAUGCUGGGACUGUACUAUUUCUUCAAGUGUGAGUCUCAACUCGCUUGGCGCAUGUGUGGUCUAGCUGGCCGCAUGGCAAUGGAACUUGGAUUGCACAGCCUAGAAGCGUCACAGUUCGACCAACAGAGCAGCGAAUGGCAGCAAGAGUUGGUAACAUUGUCCUGUACGCUGUUGGUCCUCGAUCGUCAAUGGAGCGCCGCAACAGGAUAUCCAUCUAAUUUCAAAGAAACGGAUUUUGAAAUGGCCAAAGUUUCAUUGGCACAUACGCCCUACUUGAAAGAGAUGAUGAAGUUUACCCUCAUCAGCCACAAAUUCAACGAACCAAUCUCCCAAGUUGCUCGGGGCGAAUGCAUCGAGGAAGAUGACAUUGACUUGAUCAACUUCCAAGUCGAAAAUUGGCGGAAACGAGCCCUUGAGAACCAAAGCUUUGUUCACCCCGAACAGUGGGAGUCAAGUCUGUCUGCACAACCGCCCCCGUGGACCACCCUCUUGUACCUACGCGCAAACGCCGUUCGAGGGAUCCUCAUGCGUCCUUUUUAUCUCUCCAGCCAAGGCAGCCACGUUGCCGCUAAGAAGGUAUGGCCGGGGUUGGAACUCGUCUCGGACUCGCUCAACAUUUUAUCCAUUCUUGACAACACUACCGACAUCUACAAGAAGCAACACCCCAACUUCCAACACUACGUAGCUUCAUCAUGCGCUCUACUUUUCCUCAUAAUUAUAUACACCAAGAAGCACGGCAUCACACCGCCAGAAUCCAAACACGAGUUCCUGCAAACGGUGAAGCAGAAUUUCGACAUUGCUCUCAAGCUCUCGGCUGCAUACAGCCAAUCAUCGCGCGCAUCACGGGAGCUAUGGAAGCGUUUGCAGUCUGUAGGAGAUCCUUUAUUCCGCUGGGGCGUUCUACAUGAGGAGACGCUGCGAGAUGCUUCUGGGGCAGGUACAUCAUCGAAUACUCGGCCCGCCGAUUCCGAUUCGAGAAUGCCCAAAGCGAAGAGACAAGACGUUGUAACAGAAGACACGGGGUGGGCCAAUCAAAUAACUUCAAAGAAUAGGUCAUCUGCCGUGCCUGGGGAUGGCCUUUUGUUUCAGGACAUGUCCAUCUCGAACACGAUGGCGACGUCAACUGGUCCGGAAGGGCCUGCUUCGAUGAACGAGCUCAUCGAGAAUGAUUUUGGGUUUGAUUCAUUGGAUCCUCUAAUUUUAGGGUGGCCGAUGAAAUCGACUGGAGCGUGGUUCUCGGAUGGCUUAUUUUAG